AGUCUGUGGUCGUUCUAGUAAAUAGAAAAAUCGUGGAAUUUGACGAUUGCCGAAAAUCUGCGAAUUUUAUUAAAUUUUAUUUAUUUUCUGAUUAAAUUACGCACAACUUACAAUGUUUUAGUUUUGUUUGUUUUGUAUAGUGAUAUUUUAUCGGAAUAAUCAUGGAAGCUGCAGUUUCGAAGACGAAGCAUCGCACUGCGAUGGCGAUCCUCGCGGUGUGCAACGCGGGCUCACUGGCUGCAGCCACCAACCUGGUCAUCUCGCUCAACCCUGAAGACAAAAUAACAGCAAAGCGUGGAGGCGCGCUCACAGCGCUCGGCUUCGUCUACUUCAUGACGUUGUUUGAGCUACUGAACGCUCUCGCGCUGUCUACCGGCGCCGGCGCACGGUUCCGACACAAGUACAGACUCAGCUGCGGGGAUGUGCUCGAUAUUACUAACAAGCUGGUGUCAGCAGUGCAGGCAGCCUUAUCAUGCGUGACAGGCGCCAUAGUGUGUCUGUGGUCGUGCACUCGCGACUUCAUGCGCAGCUCGCACUACAUGUCCGAGGCAUAUGCCUGGUUCGGCGCCGCUUACUUCUUCUAUGAUAUUUGGAGCAUGUAUAUGGUACACGUCCAAAUGAACUCAAACACUGACAUGUCCGUCAAGCGGCGUCCUUCCAAGAACGGGUCCGCGCCCGCGCUCCCGUCGGGGGACGGCGCCGUCGUGAAGAAGCAAGGCACCUCCUUCCUAGCGUACUGCAAGCAUGAACCUGUCAUAUUGAUGCACCAUCUCUUCAUUGGAGGGUUCGGGUUUUUGGUUAUUGUGUACCUCCGCGGCAAUCUAGGCGACUGCACAUUCGGUUUCGUCUACCUAAUGGAACUAUCAACCCCCUUCGUGUCAGUCCGCGGCAUCCUCUCGCGGCUGAAGCUGAAGUCUUCCCGUCUCUACGUGGUGAACGGCAUACUGAUGCUGCUAACGUUCUUCGUGUGUCGGGUGAUCAGUCUGCCGUAUGUCUGCCUGUUGUAUAGCAGGGUUAUUGGCCUUUCGUAUGUCGAUGCAAUAAAAUCCCUACCAACCGGCUGCAAGAUUUCCAUCUGCAUACUCCUUCUACCCCAACUAUACUGGUUCUACUUAAUGUCUGCCGGAGCCCUCAAGAUGUUGGUCCAGAGGCCGCGGCCGGCUGCUGCCGACUCUACGCGCAAGCGCAGCUGACGCCGCCGCCGACACUAACGCGGUACGCCUAGCUAUGCUAACAUUACGACGCCAAGCGUAAAGUACGCCAAGAACUUUUAGCAAGCGUAUUUUGAGCCGCUCAAUUUACGUCAUACUUUGUAAAGGCGUAAAGUAUGUAUGUAGGGAUAUUAGUAGGCGUAUUUUGAGCUGCUCAAUUUACGUCUUUUCGUUUUGUUCGGGCCAGACUUUGGGUAAGAUGCGCCACUCAUAGUGAACUCCGUUGGCGUAUUUUGAGCGGCGUAUACUUCUCAGGUUAAUUCAAGUUUUCAUUAUUUUUUUUAUCGCACUUUGUAUUUUGAGACAUCAAGCAAAAUAUAAUUUAACGUAAAACAUAACAUUAAUAUGCAAAAAAUUGUGUUCAAAACACAAAGUGCUACAAAAUACCGUUGCAAUUUCACCUUAAAAUUUAUUUAAACCAUGUGAUAUAAUUUUCGUACAAAAUAAACAGAUUUCAUAUAUUUUGUCAUAACAUAAAUGUCCCAUAAAAUAAAAAGUGGCCUGCGUAGUACUAAGGGUUAUAAUGUUUGACUGUUUGUCACUUUUUUGGAGCUAAUGUUGGCAACACUGAAUUGUUGUAGUGCUGUGUGUAUGUUAAUAGAUGGCGUUAGUAGGAGCGUGAUUGAGGUUGUUAAU